CAGCGGAGCUGAGAACGAGAGGAAAAGGCGUUUCCGUUGGCGGAACAGGGAGCGCGCGCACAGAGGGGCGCCGGCAGCCAGCAGCCAGCAGCGCUGUAGCACAUUGCAGCGACCGUUAUCAACGGUAACGGGCAGAAAGGAGAGCAGUCACUGCACUCAGUGACUGGUUAAUCCACUCUGAAGUAAAACAGUUUCGCGUAGUUUUAAUAUCCACAGAGAAAGAAGGAAUCAUUUCGCUGAGAAGAAUAAUAACCGAAGCAAGAAGUGACUCUAAAAGAAGACAGCUUGUCUCCAUCUUACUUGUUCUGCUUUCAAGAUCAAGUCCUUCAGGACAAAACGAGAGUCUUAUGGCCAUGUCGGAGUACCGCGUCCUGCUCUGUGACCUUUCAGACAAUAUCACCAAUGAGGAUCUUGAGCAGCUCAAGUCUGCCUGCAAGGAGGACAUCCCUGAAGAUGAGAGUGAAGCCAUCACCUCCUCCAAAGAGUGGUUUAGCUACCUGGAGAAGAACGACAAGCUGGCCCAUGAUAAUUUAUGCUACAUCGAGCACAUCUUUGAGAUUUCGCGGCGCCCUGACUUGCUGACACGCGUCAUCGAGUACCGCACCACGGUGCUCAAGAUCUCUGAAGACGAUGAGGUUGACACCAAACUCACGCGUAUCCCGUCUGCCAAGAAGUACAAAGACAUCAUCCGCCAACCUUCGGAAGAUGAGAUCAUCAAGUUGGCUCCUCCCCCUAAGAAGGCGUGAGGUCAGAGUUCAUGACCUUAGGCACGUAAGGUCCUGCGCACUUCUCCCUCUUUUGCUCAUCAGUCCUGUCGCAUCCAGCCACCCAAGCUACCCAACGGAACGCACCGGAAACUUCUUGUGAGCGAUCUCAGCCCUGCUGGACCACCUCGUCCCACACCUGAGGGAGGGGAGGGAGGCUGGAGGUGGGAAUCCCCGGGGGGGUGGGGAGGGGACAGGGACAAUGAUGUGACAGUAUAUGCUGUUGGGUUGGCGCUCUCUGAGAUUUAUUCCCAGUCUCGCUGAACUGACCUUCUGGUAGCGCUGUGCUGCCAAACUAUAAAAAUGCCCAACAUGUCUGUGAAGUUUAUGUCUCUUGUUUUCCCAGUUUUAUGAAAUAAUUUAUGACAGCAUUACCGAAUUUACGUGAAAGUAUUACAUAUGACUUAUACAUCACCGAUAUUAUUAACUGUAUAGAUGUUAGAAUAAGUACAGUAUAUCAAGAUAAUGAUAUCUAUUUAUAAAAAUCUUUUGCAGAUAUAUCUCUAUAUAGAUUAUUAUAAGACUUGUACAGGUUUAUUCAUGGAAUUAGGUGAUAUCCUUCUCUUAUAUUACCUUUGAAAAGCAGUGUGAUUGCAUUCACACGCACGUUUGUGUGUGUAAAUUACACAGUUGCCAAAGAGAGAGUGUCCCGCCAACAGAAAUUGAACCUAUGGCGAGGUAACGUAUGCUUUUGGUAAUCAUCAAACCGUGGGGUUAAGGUUAGGGUUAGAUCAUUGCAGUGAGAGACAAAUGGGGACCAGGAGGCGAAAAUAAAGUACAGUAGUGAUGGAGGACCCCGCCCCCCUUUCUCGUGGGUAGUUAAUAAAGGGGUCCUGUCUUCUCUUUGCAUCUGUUUAGUUCUGGACUGUCGCACAACACAGUCACACAAUGAUUGUGCGUCCUGACAGAAGAGCAGAUCGUCGUGUUCCAUCUGUGGUUAAAGACAAGGUGGAGCGCUGGCCAUCCUGAUGCAUGAAGCUCUCCUUGUGUCCUUGAGGCGUUUUGUGAAAAGGCCUCAAGAGCUUACUGCUCACUUUACUUACUCUUUUCUCUUUACUCCAGCAAGUGUUUCCAUGCGUAGGACUAGCGUCCCCCUUGGGGACAAAAGCCUCUCUGUUGUUCUUAGUCUUUCAGUGGCUCACCUGCCUCCACAGCUGUAGGGUGACAACCAACUCCCAUGAUGCUUUAGGACCUGCUGCUGGGACCAAGACCUUUUAUAUGAACUAAAAUGUGUGCUUAGCUGUACAUGAACAUUUUUACCGCUGUUAUGCCAAGUAAAAGCUGUUUUCUGCUAAGCGGUGAGAGUAACAUUUUCUAUGCAAAUGCCUUAGAGGAGCAGAACCUGUGGACUCUUGGAUCGGCCUGUUCAGUGGAGACUUGUGGUGUGUUUCAGUACCAGUGCAUUCUCUCAACUUGUGCUUUUCAUUCCAGUGCUGCGCGAACUCGUUCACCCACAGCUUAUUCUUUAGGCUGUUGCCAACCUGUUUGCUGUGAAAGUGCCCUGUGGUUUCGGACGUGGUCCUUCCCUCAGAAGUUCUGCUGCGGUGUCGUGUCGACCCAGUUGCGCUCAUGCUUCUGUGGGUUUGCAUUUUUCUGCGCAGGCGUGCGCAAUGCUGCGCCUUUUGUGAGCCCUGCCUCAUACAGAAAGGAGAGAAUGACAAAGACACCGGGUGGGUAUUCAGGGUAUUAAUUUUUAAAAAGUGGUCAUUGUAAGGGUUUUAAUGAAAGACAUUUAAUAAAAUAAUGUGUUUUUUUGUAAGAAGCUAUAGCAUUGGAGACUGUUAUUGUGGUCCUUAAUUAAAUUUUAACUUGUCAUUGACGUACAGGACUCGAUACGAGUCGCACAAAAUGCCAUCAGUGUCACUCAGAUCUUAUGGAUAAAUGAAACCAGAACAUAUUUCAGAGGAGCUGCUAAACUCUAAUACAGCUUUUUAAUCCUUUAAAAAUAUUUAACUGAGAGGGGUUUGCAUUGCAGACGUUGGUACGUUGACACUGACACAGGCUGGAAUGGUUCAGUCACUAUUGUGUGAGGCUUGCUUGCUUGUGUGUGUGUGUGUGUGUGUGUGUGUGUGUGUGUGUGUGUGUGUGUGUGUGUGGGAACUGAAGGGUUUGCAUUGUGUGAAAGACAUUGGACCAGUGUGGUGGGGGACAGAGGAUGGACGUGUGAAAGGACCGAUGAGCAUGUGAUUGGAUCGGACAGAGAAGGUGCUCAUUGUUGCCUCUUUAGGCUGAAAUGGAGAGAGUGUUUAGCCCCACUGGGAAUGUGAAAGUUGGCUGAGGAACAUGUUACCGUGUUUUACUGGUCCGUGUUCUAACUAUGCGUACAGAUUUCUAGAUGUUCUGCCUAUUCUCCGAGGAGCAGUUGUGGGAAGGCCGUCGUGGAAAAUGAGUCCUGCGGUGUCACUGGGGGGCUCCGAAGUGCUCUUCACCCUGUUGUCUUUAAACUUUGUCAGUUGUGAUGCUUUGGAAAUUAUUUUUCUCCUCUACAAUCAUCAUGGAGGUGGUGUUGCUUAUAAUGGUGCAGUGAAAUGUACAUGGGUAGGCAUGCGCGCACACACACACACACACACACACACACACACACACACAGCUGUUUGCAUACGAUUGUGACAACUGGACAUUGACUUUCACGUUUCAUCUUUUCCAUCACAACAGAACUUUAAAACAUAUGAAAGCUGGAAGCAAGUAAUUUAUGCACUUUUGUUUUUGGGGGAAAAGCAGCUAAAUUUAGCUCAUAUAUCGGAAUGUCCUCACUAAGUAUACUUUUUGGGAUUAUUCUGAGGGAUUUAUGAGGAAAGUAAAGCACAUAAGGCUAUAUUACUUCCAGAAAUUGGACCUAAAGAGGUAAUUACACUAAUAAAAAAUGUGUUAUAAUUAAUGGUAAUUACAAUUAAACAAUAAAAAAUACACUGAUGAUAAAUCCUGGAAAAUGACACAUGUAAACACACACUUGGGCCUUUUUGUAUGUUGGCACUUGCGUGCAAACGCAGAGACAGCGGGCGCUCGCACUUAUCAACAACAUUCUUUAUUUUCAUUGCAAAAGAAUUAAAAAACUGCUUUGCAUGGCAGUGCCACCUUGCUGAAACAGUGAUGUGGAGCGCUCACUCAUUCAGCACAUGUGUGGGUCCAGAGCGCCCCCCUGGGGUGCCCUGUCAUCAGUGGGCUGAAAUGCCUCAGCUGCACUGUUCAUUAUUCACACACUUUACCCUGUUAACUGUAAAGCCAUGCGGUCGCGGAGCAGGGAAGGUGUCAUUUGAAAAUGCGGUUGAGAAGAUGGACAAGGGAAAGAGUUUUCUGGAAUUUCGUAUUUGGUUUUUAGACAGCCGUUUUUGUGGUAUUUGUGGUUUUUCUUCUUUGUUUCGUUAAGCUGUACAUAUUGUGAUUUUAUUGGAAUGUGUUUUGUUAUUGAGUUAUUUAUUGAUGCUAAUGUAUUUUAUGUAUAAUUUUAUAUGGUACUUAAGUGGGACAAAAAUUAUUGGGGCAGAAUUGCUUAUUGAAAGAUCCGUUGUGUUUCUUGAUAAACAUUCUUGAUAAUGCUUCUAUAAAAAGCCCAAGUCAACAUAAUACAUUAUUUUUAUAUUUCUUAUUCAAGCUACAUUAAUGGUUUUCUUUAUGGAUGCAGAUAUGUGUUUUCAAAUGUUUGAGUUGUGGGUCCAGAGGUGAAUUUUGUCAUUUAAAAUGAACUCAGUAAGUCCAUUCCAGACUGGAGACGCAGCAUCUUUUUAGCUGCAUUUAUGGUUAUUUGAUUCACGCUGAGACUCGGAGAAGCGACUCUGAUCUCUUCGUAAUGACCAGCGCUGGUGGGAGUAGAACGAUAUUGCAGGAAAUGACAAAGUCAUUCGCACAUGUGGAAUCUCCUGAAAAGCCAACCUAAGAUGAGGUUUACGCCUCUCCACACUGCCAUAGUAGGUGUCUGCACACCACUCUCACGUCUGCUGAAAAGGAAAACCACAAAGACAAGACCAUGUCAUCUCUUUCUUUCUCAGCAAAUAUACAAGGCCUUGCUUGUUAUCAAUGGAGUCUGUCUUUGUGCCUCACAUGUUCAAGAGCCUCAGAUGUGGAAGGAAGAGGCUUGAACAAGAAGGAGUGAUAUUACAUAUGAGGUCCUUCUGCAUAAGCAACAAAAGCUGCAUGUAUCAGAGCAUAGUAAACAGUGUGGCUUUGGCUUGAAUUAAUACAGUAUAUCCAGUAAUGUGGAGAUACUUGCUGUGUGGGUAUUUUGGACAUCUGGAACUGGUUACAGUGUUUGUUCAGAGAUUAGUAGUGGUAGUGGUAGUCAGAGUGGCAGUUAAUUUAAAUUGAACUAGAAAUCCUUUCAUAGGCACUCUCUCAUGUGCUAUAAUAAAUUAUAAAGAAAAAUAUAAAUAGGAAAUAAUUUGUGCUGUAAAACUUAGCAGUAAAGGUUAAAAUACUAAAUAUCUUGGUGAUGAAGUGUGAAGUGCAGUUGUGUGAAUCUAGAAAUAACCCGUUUGAUCAAUAGCCACGAUGCCAUGCUGUGAUUUCUGAACCUGUGAUGAUUAUUUUAUAAAAUUUUAGGUUUGGUUUCAGUUGUAUUUGGCUUUACACUGAUUUUUUUUGUGACUUUUGCAUCACGGAAUGGAUUUCUACACCGGAGACAUAAGUAGGAAUGGAAGCUCUCACAGAAUUACUGUUACGUAGAAGAAUUAGAUGUUAGGAUGGAGAUGAAACCUUGAGCGGAUGGGCAGUACUGGAAUGCAGUUUAGAGGCUGCUUGGAGAAACAUGUCAGUGCUCAGUUGAGGGAAGCUGGAAAGAGAUUUUCUUCAAGAACAUUUUAGCAGAACUGAGCUCAGUGUUUUAUAACAGGGCUUCUGCAUGAGCCUCACUGUGCAACGAAAAACACCAUUUGUAAUGUGUUCACUUGACCAACAUGUAGUAAUGGCAGAACAAAGGAAAAACCCUCUUAAAUUAUGUUAUUUCUAAUGACUCAUUGUCAAACACAAUUAAUAUAUAAUUUGUAGAUUGUUUAUACUGUAGAUUGAAAAUGUACCAACCAUUGUAUAAUGUUAUAAUAGGAGUCUCACACUGGACUGUGCUGGAGUGAAUUUUGAGCACCGUUCAAUUUUGUGAUUCAGUGACUGUUAGAAAUGUUAAAAUCUAUAAUUAUGCCUUUACUAGUUGAUAUUAACAUGUAUGUUGUUUUUUUUUCUGAAAAAUAUCUUUCAUGAGAAAGCAUCAAGAAAAAAUAUGUAAAGACAAUAUGUAUAUUUAGAAAGUAAAAGUGUGGCUUUUAUCUAAUUAAAUGACGCCCUUUUUGUCAUUGUGCUAAAAUAAA